AUGAAUUUUUCAAAGGUGAAAUUAUAUGAACAAUGGCAAUUACUCAGGCUAUAUGGUGUACUAAAUAGCCCUCAUUUAGUCCUUAUUUAUCCGGUUUAUACGAUCCAACUCAAAUCGAUGUGCUUACCUUAUUUUGAAAAUUAUCUCGAUAAUGGCAAUAGUAUAGAAGAUGCACAUUUGAAAACCGCAAACCCGAGAAUAAGUAGAGGGAUUAUUUAUAAUUUAAGUGGACUAAAGCUGGUUUUCGAUUCUCUGAGAUGUAUUUACAAUGAGGAGGGGUAUUGGGGAUUGUAUAGAGGUUUUUUACCUAUGACUUUACACUCAUAUUUAACACGGAUGAUACAUGAUCAACUUAUAAAAAUUUAUAAAAGACACAGUAAUAAAAUCCACGAUUCAUAUAUAAAAUCUGCAUAUGUAAAGAACAGCACAAAAUACAUAGCCGAAGUGGUAACUUAUCCUUUGCUUGUAAUUUCUACACAGCAGGCAAUAUUUGAUGUUAAGCGCUAUAAUCUUGGUAUACAAAAUGACCAAGACAGAAUAAAUGAGCCAGUAAUAGGAAUAUACUCACUAGUUCAGCUCUCAAUAAAUUCAGAAGAAGGAAUUACUUCUUUAUGGAAGGGAAUUACUGCACACAUUAUGUUCAAAGUAACAGAAGACCUGAUAAAAAACUAUCUAUAUUCUUAUUUAUAUACAAAUUUUUGUUCUGUGAAAGAUAUAGAAACUAGGAAGUCAACAACUACAGUAAAACCAAAUAAUAAAAAACAUCUUAAGCACGGGAUCAGUAAUUUCAUUACAUCCUUACUUUCACCGUUAGCCCUUAUUUCAACAGUGAAAAGGUGCCAGACAAAUGAUCAUAUUGGAUUAUGUAGGGGCGACGUUGGAAUUAAAGAAAUACUUGGAAAUGUAAAUUGGGGAAUAUAUUUUGGUCAGAUGGUUGUUAACUCGGUAUUUAUUGCUAUAUAUUUAUUUGACGGAGAAAAUUGUACGUUUUAA